UAGCCCAUCUGUGCGCAGAGCCUCGUUCCCGGGCUCCCGGAGCCCGGCGGGCAUUGACGUCAAACGGCAGCGAAGCGCUGCCUACAGACGGCUGACCCGGGCCCUCCUCCACACCCCCGUCCUUCCUCGCCCCCUCCCUCUUCCCGGCACCCAGUUCAGCCCGCUAUAAGAAGCGGGAGAGAGCAGUGCCCCAGUAGCGACGAGGUCCAGCACCAUGGAGAACUCCCGCCUGAGGCUGCUGCCCGUCCUGGGCGCCGCCCUGCUGCUGCUGCUACCUUUGCUGGGUGUCGGUGCCCAGGAGGAUGCCGAGCUGCAGCCCCGAGCUCUGGACAUCUACUCUGCCACGGAGGAUGCGUCCCAUGAGAAAGAGCUGCCAAGGCGGCAACUUCGGGCUCCCGGCGCUGUGUUGCAGAUUGAAGCGCUGCAGGAAGUGCUGAAGAAGCUCAAGAGUAAACGUAUUCCGAUCUACGAGAAGAAGUAUGGCCAAGUCCCCAUGUGUGAUGCCGGAGAGCAGUGUGCAGUGCGGAAAGGGGCCAGGAUCGGGAAGCUGUGUGACUGUCCCCGAGGAACUUCCUGCAAUUCCUUCCUCUUGAAGUGCUUAUGAAGACGUGACCGCCUCCACCUUAAGUUCCCACAUUCCCUUUUUCC